AUGUCUGUUAUAUUGAAUGAAAAUAUAGCAAACAAUGUUACUUUUAAAGAAUUGAGCGAACAAGGUGUCACAAGUGAACAACUUCUUAAUUGGUCAGCACCUAUCGAUCUUGUUGAACGGUAUGAAAUGAAUAAUCGAAGUUUAGAAUUAUUCUAUAACUGUUCAUCGCCAUGGUUUGGCUCGAAAUGUCAAUAUCGAUUUGUCUACAACUCAACUCUGUCAUUUAAUGAAAUUGUUAAAGCUUCUGUAGAUAGUCGUUCAGACAUUAUCCUUAACGUCAGUGUUACCACAUGUUAUCGCUUUUUAUCUAAUUGUGAUCGUGGACCAUGGUCUUUGUGUCUCGACUGGCGGCAAAUAUGUAAUGGCAAAGUUGAUUGUAUGAAUGGCGAAGACGAACAAUGGUGUGAAAUAUUAGAGAUGACAACAUGUACUGAUGAUGAAUAUCGAUGUCUUUAUGGUGGUCAGUGUAUACCAAUGAGAUUUGCACAAGACGGAUACUCAACUACUGACUGUCUCGAUGGUAGUGAAGAAAGAGAAUUUCGGUCUCCAUAUUCGAGUUUAACAAAUUCUUUUUGUGGUUCAGUUAUUUCAUUUCAAUGUGAAGAGCGUAUUAAUCGAUAUCCUCUUUCGUUUCCAUGUGGUGAUGGACAAUUUUUAUCAGAGACUGAUUUGCCAGUUAAUGUGAUGCGUUGUUUCAACUGGAGAAAUAGAGAAGUGACUUUAGCCAUGCUUACUUCGUUUGAUCAUAUUAAAGAUAUUAAAUGUCGGCAAGCUUUUCGUUGUUCACUGCUUUCCAAUCGAAGUUAUAAUGUCAAACAGCAGAGUGGCGUACUUUCAUCACGUGAUUAUUUUGAAGUUACUUGGGAUACAAAUUGUCAACUUCUUGCCAAUUAUUGUUUAGAUGAAUGGCUAAUUCUACCUCAAUAUCCUAUUAUGUAUGGAUAUUUUCAAUUUGUCUAUUUGACUAAUCGAUCAAUUAAUGAAUUUAAAAUUAAUGUCGCACCUGAUUUUGUAUGUUUUGAUGCAGAGAAAUGUCCUGUAUUAUUAUCUAGAAUAGUUCCAAUUGAAAUAAUCAAUGGUCUUAUAUGUUGUCGCACUUUUGAUCUAAUAAAAGAAGAUAUGAUGGAACAUUUUGAUAUGUUGAAUAGGAAGUUCUUGCACCUCUUUCGUGAAUGUUCAACUACCGGCAAUGAAACGUCAUGUGCAAAUUCAUCUUAUUUUCAUUGUAAUGAAUCAUUAAAAUGUAUUUCAUAUAAUCGUGUUGGUGAUGGAUUCAAAGAUUGUUAUUAUAAAGAAGAUGAAUCAUUUCCUACAUGUCAUCUGAAUGUCUCAAAUCGAUUUAUGUGUACAUCAGAUCCAACCAAAUGCUUGUUACCUGUAGCAAUUGGGAAUGCACUCUAUGAUUGUUCACAAGGAGAGGAUGAGACAAAUGAGAAUAUAUAUAGCAUCAAGCGACAACUACCAUUUCCAUUUAUAUGUGACGCAGAUACAAAGUUUUCAGAAGCAGAUGGACAUGAAACUGAUGAAACAAAUUGUGAAUGGUGGCGAUGUCAUAAUGCGUACUCUCAUUGUGAUACAUAUUGGGAUUGUCUUAACGUUAUUUAUCAAUUAAUCAUCAUGCUCAUUGAUGAACAAGGAAACAUUGUACCCAAUUAUGAACAAAUAAUAUAUAUGCCAGCUCAUGAUUGUAAUACAAAGUUUAAUAUCUAUCUACUUUAUCCACAUCGUCCUAAACAUUUAUCAACAAAUUAUUCAAUUCGUAUUGAUCUUUUUGAUAAAUCAACAUUAGAUUAUUAG